GGAGAGGCAAAGGGCGAAGGAACAGCAAUCAUGGAGCAGUUGUAGGGGAUAAUGGACAAGCCUCUCCUUCCGGAAGAAAGCAAAGAAACCAAAGCUACAUGACCGAAAACAUUAUUCCCAAAGCAGCUACGAGAAACACAAGAGUAUCAAUCAUGCAGUUCAAAUACAGAAGAAUCGAAUAAUCUAUUCCAACGAAAGGGUUCUCCGUGAUCCUUCAAGGUUGGAACCGCUUCAAGUCGUCCCGUCCCCACAUUGUACGUCGCUGGCGCAUCGGACGCGGUUGAUCGAUCACCAUCGUCUAUAGUAUGUCCGUGGAGGACCAGCGCUAUUCCGACGCAAUGCGGGUGUUAGAGGCCGGACCGGAGUGGCUACGAGCCGAGAUCGAGCGCCUUUCCCGGGAGCUGAGUGAGACUACCCAUGAGAAGAUCCAGGCGGCGGAGUACGGGCUGGUGGUGCUGGAGGAGAAGCAGCAGCUGAAACAGCAGUAUGACGACCUGGAGAUCGAAUACGAGACCGUGCGCCAGGAACUGGACAUGCUCAAAGAGGCGUUUGGGCAAGUCUACUCCAACCAUAAGAAGGUGGCUGCAGACGGGGAAAGCAGGGAGGAGUCUCUGAUCCAGGAGGCGGUGUGUAAGGAGGCCUAUUACGAGCAGCGGGUCCUGGAGCUGCAGACGGAGCUCCGCCAAGCCCGUAAUGUCCUCACCAACACCCAGUCAGAGAACGAACGCCUGGCCUCCAUCACCCAGGAGAUGAGAGAGAACAUCCAAGUGGUGGAGCUGCAGCGGACCCGUCUGCGUGAUGACAUCAAGGAGUAUAAGUUCCGGGAGGCACGUCUGCUGCAGGACUACACAGAGCUGGAGGAGGAGAACAUCUCCCUGCAGAAACAGGUUUCUGGGCUCAAACAGACCCAGGUGGAGUUUGAGGGUCUGAAGCACGAGAUUCGUCGUCUGGAGGAAGACACCCAGUUCCUGAACAGCCAAUUGGAGGAUGCAAUCCGCCUGAAGGAGAUUGCUGAGCGACAGCUAGGGGAAGCCCUGGAGACCAUCAAGACUGAGUGCGAGCAGAAGGCCGCCCUGAGGAAAGAGCUCUCCCACUACAUGAGCAUAGGAGACUCUAUGUACCACAGCCCCCUCAGCAUUUCUCUGGAUGGGCUCAAGUUCAGCGAUGACGCCGCCACGGAACCCAACAACGAUGAGGCUCUCCAUGGUUACGAGAACGGCUUCAGCAAGCUCGCCAACGCCAUCGCUGAGGACAACCGUGCGUCCACGCCCAAGAAGGGUGACCUGUUCCGCCCCGUCCCCAGCCUGGUAGACGACCUGCUGAGUGAACUCAACAUCUCUGAGAUCCAGAAACUCAAACAGCAGCUGCUGCAGAUGGAGCGUGAGAAGGUGUCUCUGGUGUCCACGCUGCAGGACUCCCAGAAGCAGUUGGAGCAGGCCCACGGGGCCCUGGAGGAGCACCAGGACAAGGUCAGCCGUCUCACCGAGAACCUCAACGCCAUCCGGAGGCUACAGGCCAGCAAGGAGCGCCAGUCAGCCCUGGACAAUGAGAAGGAGCGCGACAGCAACGAGGACGGGGACUACUACGAGGUGGACAUCAACGGACCUGAGAUCCUGGAGUGCAAGUACAAGGUUGCGGUGUCGGAGGCAGGUGAGCUAAAGGAGGAGCUGAAAACCCUGAAGGCAGAGUACCAGUCCUGUCAGUCACACUAUGAGGAGGAGCGAGGCCAUCUGGAGUCUCAUGUCACAGCCCUUGGAGAGAAGCUGGCCUCUCUGGAGAAGACCAGCCACGUGGAGAGAGAGGAGAAGGCCAGGCUGGAGAAGGAGCUGCGCAAGGUGAGUGACGUGGCGGGCGAGUCCCAGGGCAGCCUGAGCGUGGCGCAGGACGAGCUGGUCACCUUCAGCGAGGAGCUGGCCACACUCUACAACCACGUGUGCAUGUGCAACAACCAGACUCCCAACCGCGUCAUGCUCGACUUCUACAAGCAGGGCAAGGGCGGGCGCACCAGUCCUGAGGGUCGCGGCCGCCGCUCCCCCAUACUGCUCACUAAGGGCCUGUUCCCCGUCCCCGAAGCUGCCGACAGCGCCCCGUCCCCUGUCUCCUCUCCCCCCUCGCCCCGGGAGCCAAUGAACGUGUACAACCUGGUGGCCAUCAUCCGGGAUCAGAUCAAGCACCUCCAGCUGGCGGUGGACCGCACCACAGAGCUGUCCCGUCAGAGGAUGGCCUCUCUGGAGCUUGGCACAGUGGCUGAUAAGGACAAGGAGGCCUGCAUGGGGGAGAUCCUUAAACUCAAGUCCCUGCUCAGCACCAAGAGGGAGCAGAUCGCCACCCUGAGGACCGUGCUCAAAGCCAACAAACAGACGGCUGAGGUGGCGCUGGCCAACCUGAAGAGUAAGUAUGAGAACGAGAAGGCCAUGGUGACGGAGACCAUGAUGAAGCUGAGGAACGAACUCAAGGCCCUGAAGGAGGAUGCCGCCACCUUCUCCUCGCUCAGGGCCAUGUUUGCCACACGCUGUGAUGAGUAUGUGACUCAGCUGGAUGAGAUGCAGAGACAGCUGUCUGCAGCGGAGGAUGAGAAGAAGACCCUGAACUCCCUGCUCCGCAUGGCCAUCCAGCAGAAGCUGGCCCUGACCCAGCGCCUGGAGGACCUGGAGUUUGACACCGAGCAGACCCGCCGCGGAGGCAAACCAAGAGCCAAAACCACUAACGGCAGAACCACUAAUGGGCAGACCAACGCUGCCAACAACCCCCGCAUAAGUCACGGCCUCACCUGUGCCGGGAUCGGCCGCCCCAACGAGCCCAACACCAUGCCCAACUGCAUCCGUGGAGGCCCUGUGGUCUUCUGCAGCGAGAAGUACAAGAUCUACUGCGACUGAAGCGGCUGCGUUGUCAGCACGGGAUUGCUGUGUACAGAGGGGAGGAGCCGGAGGCUCUCCCCUGCAUUAAUGUUAAAGAGCCCCACUUUGCUCGCUUAGCUCCCUGCCUGCCCAGCCUGUAGCCUCAUAGGGCCUGGUGUGUGUCUAACCUACAGUACAUAAGUAUGCCUAUGGCCGCUCACAUCUGCUAGUGUAAACGCUUAGGGGAAUGCAGAUGUGUAUGUACAGUACAGUGUGCACUAGAAGUUUGGGACUGUUGUAGACAUAAUGUAUGGCAUGUGGAUAGGGUCAAAACCGGCCGCCGGUGGGCUUCUGUGGAUAUUAUGGGGUGCUGUACUUAUGAUGAUGUAAAAGGUUGCAGCAUUCGUGCUUAGUGUGUUCUGAACCCCCUGAGUGUGUUGCAUUGUAACUGUAAUGCACUUAGGUGGUGGGGACUUGGGAAGAGGGUGUCACUUUAAGGGGUCAUGUGACUGAAGUUGACAUCCUCUCCUUGUGUUGCUCGUCUGUUGGCGUUGGUGCUCCUUCAAUAAAGCCCCCCAUCCUCCUCUCUCUCCUGGCCCCCCAGGACUGAGCCAGCCCCAGCAACCCAAUCAGGUCGCUCUUUAAUGUUUACAUAAACGAAUGAAACAAAACAAUAUGCAAGUCCAGUGUGAUUUGCUGGGUUUUCUAACUGAAUUUCAAAACUCCCAAAGCGGGUUGGCUGAUGAUUAGUGAUGUCGGAGGUGGGUGGUAAAGGAGCACCUAAGACCACAGGUGUUUAAUUUCAGGAUUCAUUCAGGCCAAUCGCAUCGCAUGGCAUUGCAGCUGAGAAUGCUACUGAGCUUUUAACUGUUUUUCUAUGUAAACAGGUGUGUGUGGCACAGCACAAGCUAUGUACUACAGGGCUCUACAUUUUAACCAGAGCAGUUAUUUAACAUCUGCUGAAAGAAACGGAGGGCUAUUCUAUGUGACCCAGUAUAUGUCAUAUUGGUGUUCUUUCAGAGCCAUAUUACUAGAGAACGAAAGCAAGACGAAACGAUCUCUACACCUAAAUUAAGUGCACUUCAGAAUAGGUGCCUCAGGUUCUAACUUCUAUUAGAAAAGGAUCAAAUAACUGUGAACAGAUACAAUAUAGUUUUGAUCGAUGGUGAUUUUUGUAACAUCAGUAAAGAUCCUAAAAGAGCACAAAAAUCAAUGGCAUCUGGAUCAUAAUUCUGCAAACAAAACCGACAACCCUCGGCAAAGUGCCUGUCGACCCAAACACUUGAUAUCAACUAUAUCUAUCUAUCAAUGUAAAGCCCCGUCUUUGUGUCUGUCACACUAAUGCUCAUCUCUCCCUCUAUCUCCUCUCCCUCUAUCUCCUCUCCCUCGAUCUCUAUUUUCCUCUCUUUUUGGAUGCCCUUUUGAGCUCUCAAAUGAACUAUAUGUGGUUAUGUGGCUGAAAACCCUGUCCUCCUCCUCAUGUCUCUAACCUGUGUCUCAUCGCUUGGUUGUCAUGACAACCACUCUCUCUUUUAGAUUGUCAGCAGCUUGCUCGCCCUGAAACGCCACACUCCCUUUAAGUAGAGAGGGUGAUUGUGGGGGAAAAAACUCUGAAUAUUGUCAGGCAACGUCCUCACGCGUAUGCGUGUUCUGAACCCUGCGUGUGUCUGUGUGUGCGUGUCCGUGUGUCCGUGUGUCUGUGUGAGUGUGUGUCCGUGUGAGUGUGUGUGUGUGUGUGUGUGUCUGUGUCUGUGAGUAUGUGUCUGUGUCUGUGAGUAUGUGUCUGUGUCGGUGUGUGUGUGUCUGUGUGUGUCUGUGUGAGUGUGUGUGAUCUCAGCUCCGGCACCGUGUGUGUAUGUUGUUUUCUGAAAAUAUUGCAAAUGGAGGGUAGUUCAUUUCUGAGAUGCUGUUUGUAUGCAAGAGGACAAACCAAUAUACUGUCUUCAUUAUCCCCAAAAAAGCUUUAAACCUUGCAAGCUUGUGCCAGGCAGAUUUUAAAAAAAUAAUGUGGGGCUUGUGUUAGAUAAAUCCAUGUAGUACAUAACCACACAUUGUUAGCUUUAUGAUGCUUAAAGCAGGGUUGAUGCGAGGAAAUCCUUGAAGAUUAAUCAAAUUAUGCUUUUUCUACCAGUAACAUAUAUAAAACUAUAUAUUCUUAAUGAUAUGAUUGUAAUCAGGUUAGAAUCUUCUAGGAUCCUCCUAGGCCCCCUCUCUCUGAUAUAGAGAGGGAGAGCUUUGGUUCCUCAGAACGAGGGACAUCCCCAACCCUGCUUGAGUUGAGUAUUUGCUGCCCUACGAGGCCUUUAGACACACAACACAGUAUGGAUACUGUGCUAUUGUUCACGUCAUACAAACACCUCCACUGAGUGAAAAUCACUCUUUGGUUAUUGUUCCACUUAAGUGACAGCGAUAGAUUCACUCUUUGUUUAUAUCAGUUUGCGCUGAGUGUAGAGACUGGGAGAGGACAGAGGAGUAAUACUAGUGUUUAAACCAUGCUGAUCAUGAAUUUGAUACUGUGUUUGGAGACAUGGGUUCCAGGGUUAUUUGAGGGAGAUGCUCUGGUUUAGAGCAGGGUUGGUGAUUUAAAAAAGUAUGUUUUUAUAUGAGGUUUUUGUUUAACUACUUUGUCUCUAACUGUGAAAUCUUACCAGUGGACAUUGAUUCAAAUUAGUUGACCCUCUAUCCCCCUUCCCUUGUUUCGGCUCUUUGGAUUCACUGAGCAAUAGAUAGAUUUAAUAAUCCAGGAUGUGAUUGUGGCUAGAGAGACCCCCCCCCCUAGUUCUCUUGGUCUAGUUUGAAAUCAAUGUCCGUUUAUCUGGUGUCAUCAAUAGAAUGCCACCAGAAUAAGCUCCUCCUACCUCUGUCUGCAGGCUCUACCCACAUCAACGUUGAGUUCUCUCACACGCUCUUAAUUAGGUUUUUGAUUGGUUGAGAGCCUGCAUGCAACAAAUAAAAAACAUGCCCGUUCUCAAUAACCUGCAUGCCAUUUGGGAAAAGCCCUCCUAUGACUGACCUGGUUCUGGGGUAUGGUUUAAACUCUGGGGGGGGGGUCUGUGUUUAGGAGAUGUCAAAGGUCAUAGUACUUGUGAGGUCAUCGGCUUCUUGCACUUGCUGGUCUUCCUCAGGCAGUAGUGCUUUUACAUCAGCUCCUCUAGAACAUAGACAUGAUGUUGAUAUGACAGAGUCUGCUUCAAGACAACUAACCCAGUUUGCACCUACCUGUAGGUAGUAGCUACUAUAACUAACUGGGGCUUCGGCGUUAAUCUUUUUACUCUUUCUUAUUUCGUGUUUUUGAUUGGAAUGGCAUCAUUACUGACCAAGUUAACGUCUAAAUUGACCAAUAAUGCAAAUGUUUAUGAUUUCUAUGUGUCUUCGUUUUGCAGUAAUUUAAUUCUGCCCGGAUGAGGAUCCUCUAACACUGCCGACGUCACAUUCAGUGUUCCUGAAAACAGCUAGCCCUAGAGGCCAAAAUUGUAAAACCCGACCAAACAAAAUCUCUUAUAUGAAUAUGAAAUAUUCCUCCAAGUUGCCCUUUAACUCACUAUAUAGCAUGAUCUAUAUGGCCUCUAUAACCUAUAUGACCUCUAACCUCUAUGUCCUAUGUAUGGGAAUGAAAAGGUAUUUCACAUUUCCUAGUGCUGCUGCCGGAAGACGAUGCUCACAAGUACAGUGAACUCUGCCCUCCUAGUAAAAUGAUGAUCAGAGUUUGUGAUUGUUUGAGUUAUCCCUCCCAUGAGAAGCCAGGGGAGCCGGUCUUUCCUCAAUGUAAAUCAACAUACAGUUUUCAUCUUUUUGUUUUUUAUAUCUUUUUUUUCUUUAACCUGUGCACUUUUAUUAUAGGAUUAUAACUUUAUAUUAUUAACCUAGGAAAGGUUUAGUGCUAUGGUUUGUGAGUUAUUUAGUCAAGUAUACACAUAUAUGAAUAGGAAUAUAUUUCCUCCUAUAUGUUGUCUCUUUGUAUCAUCCAUAGAGACCAUUUACUCUCCUAAAACCACACCGCAAACCAGAGUCCUACUGUUAAGAUUCUGAGAAUUUAUCCAACUGAAUAAGCAUCCUUGUAUUGUUAUGUCUCAUCAUAUUAUUAUUAUUAUGCUGUUGGUUUGAUUUUAUGUUUGUUCUGCUGCCAUGUUCUAAACAAAAUCCAGGGUGAGCAAAUUCUGGGGUUUUCAUGUAUUUAUUAUUCCUAGGAAUAGUUCAAAGAUAACGCGGAGAAACUUGACGACACUCUGAUUCCAAAAAUGGUAAGAAGUUCUUGGGGGAAGAAAUGGAGUGACAAAAUUAUUUUGGUUUUUCCAGCUUCUUACCAGGGUGUCACACUGAUAAGGGAUCACUGGCUCACAGAAUUCUCUGCAAGUGCAACGAUGAAAUUCCAAAUUGGAAUUGUUUCAUUCUCUCUUUGUUUAUCGUGCCAAAUCUUGGUACAUCAUUUAGGUUUGAAAAGAAUGAAGAAUCAGAAAGAAUGACAAGCCGUACAUCAGUGAGAAAGGUAUCGUUUGGGGCCGUGGCUUUCUGUCCUAGUGCUGCCCAGGAUUUGUUUUGGGUCUGUUUUGUUCUUCGUUCUGACCAGUCGUGCCUUUCAUUGUUUCAAGGGAGAAUCGUAGACUAGUAUUUUUGGUUAGUUUUUUAGGUGAGGAGGUUUGGGUUUAAAACUACUUUGUGAGCUGCAAUAAAUGCGAAGAUGAGCCCUUUUUGCAGGGGUGAGAGGAUAGUUUUCAAAUUAGCUCAAUUCAAUUGAUAUUGUGUUGAAUUCUGCAGGUCAGUGAUCCUAACAGAAAAUUCAGGGGUAUUGAGAAUUUAUAUUAUUUUUUUUAUCAAACUGGGAACCAAAAUAAAUCCCUUUGGCCUCCUAUUGAACAAAAUGUUACAAACACCACUACUGUGUUUUGGGUAGAUCAGUGUUCUAUUGGAAACAUCUAGGUGAUCUCGAACUUUGUUUGGUUAAGGUAAUGUGCUAUCAAUAGUAUUGUUGGAAAAUGUGCAGGGAGUGCAUUUUGUCUUUUGUUUGUCCAAUUUGAGUUUUAUUUUUUAUUCUUGAAUAUUUUUUUUUUUUACAUCUUAUUAAAGCGUUGUGAUUUCAGGAAACAGAAAACAGAUUUUGCAUCAACAAGCUUGAAUUGUGCCAUUAUUGCCAAUGCUUGUUUGUUGAGGCGUAAAAAGUUAUCAAUACGGUUGGGAAGCAAAAACAAAAGAAGAAAAUAAAGUGCAAUUUUAAUGCUGUUUUACAAGGAAAAUAAACGUUUUCUGUUUGCUGGAAGCAAUAGCACUGUGAUAAUACACUAGCUGUGUAAACUUUAUAUUGUCAUAUUGUGUUUCAGUAUUGAUCCAUAUUGAGUUUGAUACCUUUAUAUGAAAUAACGACUUCAUCUGUGUGUUGGUAUGUAUUUGAAUUGUUAUGCAGUUCGGUAUUCUUCUCAAUAAUGUGUAUUAUGAUUAGUGGCAUAUUCAUUACAAUUUAAUAUCAUAUGCAUGUUCAUCAGUCAUGGGAACCUUUACACAGAAUCGAAAACAAACCUAGAACUUUGAAGAUGUUGGAAAAAGUGAAAAAAGAAAAUUAUGAAAAAACGGAGUUUAGUCUAUUGUAAUACUGCUGAACUAAUCCUAUGAAAGUGUUGUUUUGUUUUCCUAUAGAGAGGUGGUAUGUCUGUGUAAAGGUAGUCAUACUGGCUAAAAUCAAUAAAUGUGACUAAAAAGA